AUGAACCAGGGGUCCAGCUCCGCUAUGCUGCGGGAGGAGGAGGAGUAUCUAGGUAGGAGAAACAAGAAGCCUUUCGCCUUGGCCUCGGAGCUUGACUCUGUGAAGCAUCCUGUUGGCAUAGGAGUACUCGAGGACAAAGUAAUCCCUGAGCGUCGUGGGAAGAAGCUCCGAAAAGAAAGAGCAAAGCAAAGCAGCCCACUUCCUGCCCUGUUCCCACCCCACCCCCCUCCUUCUCUCCUUCCCCUUGCUGUUGCUCUCGCUCUUGCUCCUGCUCUUGCUAUUGCUCUUGCUGUUGCUCCUCCUCCCCGCUACCUGCUCCUGCUCCUGCUCGUCCACCACAGGCUGUCAAUUGCUUCCCUGUCACACCCCCUCCUUCUCAAUUCCUCGACCUCGUCCUCCCCCUCCUCUUUCCUCCGCCAUGCAAGUCCUCCACCCGAUUGUCUCGACUCGAAUCUUGCCUGGUUCUGCAUCCACGCCCCCUGCCUCGUUCUCAUCCUCCUGCCCUCCUUUUCCCCUUCUUCUUCUUCUUCCAUCCCCCUCUUCCCACAGACCCUGGGGUCAACCAAGCCAAUCCAAUCCACUAGACACACUCGAUCCCCCAUCGAGUCAUUGAUCUUUCCCACCAACGCCAACCAAUUGUCGGCUCUUGACAUCGUCGGCGGGUCGACUUGCCGACCUUUUCCCCUACCUUACACCCAGCCCAAUGAGCCCAGUGUCUUGGAAAGCUCGGCCUCGGCGACCAGCCGUGUGUCACUUGCCAUGCAACGAGCUGGCGAAGCCGACUAG